AAAAGUGGACGGAUCGAGUUAAAGGCUAAAGGCGACAGCUGGGGAGGGGAGCCCCAGCCUGGGGGUGCAGUCCACAGACCUUCAGCCUCCCGGUUUGGGGGACAGGACCCCUCACCUUACCUGCCCUCUGCCCCUUCUCCCCUGCCCCUUGGUCCCCUUUCCUGUGUGCCACCAUGACCGUGAUGGCUGGAGAGAACAUGGACGAGACUUCUGCGCUACCUGGCCACCCCCAGGAUAGCUACCAGCCCGCCGCCCACGAUGACCACGAGUGCUGUGAGCGCGUGGUGAUAAACAUUGCGGGACUGCGCUUUGAGACACAGCUGAAGACUUUAGCCCAGUUCCCCAACACGCUGCUGGGCAACCCCAAGAAGCGCAUGCGCUACUUUGACCCCUUGCGCAAUGAGUACUUCUUUGACCGCAACCGGCCCAGCUUCGAUGCCAUCCUCUACUACUACCAGUCUGGGGGGCGGCUGCGCCGGCCGGUCAAUGUCCCCCUGGACAUGUUCUCUGAGGAGAUCAAAUUUUAUGAGCUGGGCGAGGAGGCCAUGGAGAAGUUCCGGGAAGAUGAAGGAUUCAUUAAAGAUGAGGAGAGACCCUUGCCGGAGGGGGAGUACCAGCGCCAAGUGUGGCUCCUCUUUGAGUACCCAGAGAGCUCUGGGCCGGCAAGGGUUAUUGCCAUAGUCUCUGUCAUGGUGAUCCUCAUCUCCAUCGUGAUCUUCUGCCUAGAGACAUUACCUGAACUGAAAGAAGACAAAGAGUACACAGUGCACCGCACUGACAACACUACCCAGGUCUACAAAUCCAACAUCUUCACAGAUCCCUUCUUUGUUGUGGAGACCCUGUGCAUCAUCUGGUUCUCCUUUGAGCUGGUGGUGCGCUUCUUUGCUUGCCCUAGCAAGACUGAUUUCUUCAAGAACAUAAUGAACUUCAUUGACAUUGUGGCCAUCAUCCCUUACUUCAUCACCCUGGGCACCGAGAUGGCCGAGCGGGAGGGGACUCAGAAAGGAGAGCAGGCCACCUCCUUGGCCAUCCUGAGAGUCAUCAGACUGGUAAGAGUCUUUCGAAUCUUCAAACUCUCCCGGCACUCUAAGGGCCUCCAGAUUUUGGGACAGACCCUCAAAGCAAGUAUGAGAGAGCUAGGUUUACUAAUCUUCUUCCUCUUCAUUGGGGUGAUUUUGUUCUCUAGUGCGGUAUAUUUUGCUGAGGCUGAAGAACCUGAGUCUCAUUUCACAAGUAUCCCUGAUGCUUUCUGGUGGGCGGUGGUAUCCAUGACCACUGUGGGCUAUGGUGACAUGUACCCUGUGACAAUUGGAGGCAAAAUCGUAGGCUCCUUGUGUGCCAUCGCUGGUGUGCUGACAAUUGCCCUGCCUGUACCUGUCAUUGUGUCCAACUUCAACUACUUCUACCACCGAGAAACAGAAGGGGAAGAACAGGCUCAGUUACUUCACGUUAGCUCCCCUAAUUUAGCAUCUGACAGUGAUCUCAGUCGCCGCAGCUCCUCCACAAUCAGCAAAUCUGAGUACAUGGAAAUCGAAGAGGAUAUGAAUAAUAGCAUAGACAAUUUUAGAGAGGCUAAUCUCAGAACUGGCAACUGCACUGUAGCCAACCAAAACUGCAUUAAUAAAAGCAAGCUGCUGACUGAUGUGUAA